AUGUCGACAUUCAUUGAUGCUAUUACCGUCAAUAAUCAUCAGGCGAUUGUGAUACCUGAUGGCCCAAGCCUCACUUACUUCCAACUUGCCCAGAAUGUGGCUCAUUUGCAGCAAAUCUUUACUAACAGCAAGUCUCCGUUAUCUGGCGCGUCAACCCAAUGCUCUAUUGGGAUUUCCAUCCCAAACAGUUUGGAAUUCGUGGUGUCGUUUUUGGCAAUUGUGAACACUGCUAGAAUUGCUGCUCCCUUGAACUUUAACUACAAAAAGAAUGAAUUCGACUUUUACUUGGGGGACCUUGAUGCGAAGGCUAUCUUUGUGCCAAGAGGCUUUAGACGUCAAGGAAACCAACCUAUCAUUCAAAGUGCUAUCGAUAACCACGCUUACAUUGUUGAGGUAUUUUUUGAUAAAAAAACUAAUUCAAUCGAAUAUGAAGUCUUUAGUACCACUUCCACCACCCCAGUGUUUGUUUCAAAAAGGGACUCUGCCAAAGCUUCUUGUAAUUUGACCAAAUUUUCUGGCAAGCCUUCCCCGGAAGAUGUGGCAAUGAUUUUACAUACAUCUGGUACUACUGGCAGACCAAAGGCUGUUCCUUUGACACACAGAAACAUUACUGCCUCCAUGAGAAUCAUUUCCGGAACUUACAGUUUGAACUCUGACGAUACCACUUAUGUGGUCAUGCCAUUAUUCCAUGUCCAUGGUCUUAUUGGCGCGUUGUUUUCAACCUUUUAUUCUCAAGGCACUGCCAUCAUUGCUCCUAAGUUCUCGGCCCAUAAUUUCUGGAAGGAUUUCAUAACCUACAAAGCGACUUGGUACAGCGCCGUGCCAACCAUCCACCAAAUCUUGUUGAAGGUUGGUCUUCCUAAAGGAGAGGUCCCAAAGAUCAGAUUCAUCAGAUCCUGUUCUUCUGCCUUGGCUCCAGCAAACUUGGAAAAAUUGGAACAAACUUUCAGAGCACCUGUCGUUGAGGCCAUGGGUAUGACUGAAUGUGCCCAUUGUGUUACUUCUAAUAACUUGCCACAAUUUGGUAAGCGUAAACCAGGCACUGUAGGCCAGGCCCAUGGAGUGGAAAUCGUCAUUCUUAAUGAGAGAAACGAGAUUUUGAAACAAGGGGAAAUUGGCGAAGUUUCUAUCAAAGGGGAAAAUGUCACCAAAGGUUACCUCAAUAAUCCAAAGGCCAACGCAGAAAAUUUCACUGCUGGUUAUUUUAGAACAGGCGACCAGGGCUAUUUUGACAAAGACAACUUUUUGACUUUGACUGGCCGUAUCAAGGAAUUGAUAAAUAGAGGCGGUGAAAAGAUUUCACCAAUCGAGUUAGAUAAUGUGAUGUUAACUUACCCAAAGGUGGCUGAAGCUGUUGCGUUUGGGGUAGAAGAUGAAAAGUAUGGCCAAGUCGUCCAUGCUGCGAUAGUUUUGGCCCCUAAUGCCAGCUUGACUUUGGAAGAAUUCCAGAAAUACUUGAAGACAAAAAUAGCCUCAUUCAAAGUGCCAGAGAAGGUGUAUUUUGUUGAUAAAUUACCAAAGACACCAACUGGUAAGAUUCAAAGAAGAACAUUACCGAAGAUUUUUGCUAGAAAAUCUAAAUUGUGA